GACUGGAGGUGAAAGCAUCUCUCCCUCUCACUGCCUCUCCAACUGUGUGUUUGGAUCCCUUAGUGAUGAAACCUGGGAAACAUCCAACAAACAGCAGGCAGAACGCAGCCCUGGACUGUGCGCAGUAACGCGGGGAGAAGAAGCGCAGCAACUUCCUACAGGGAGCUCAAGUAGAAAAGCUCCAAAAUGGACUUCGCCGAUGAAUUCUUGCUGGCCGAGUUGAGUCAACUGCACCUCUACAAUGACUCGCUGUACCAGAACAACUUCAGCGGCACGUACAACGAGACUGACGCCUUGCUGCCCACCAGCGUGAAAGUCACCAUCGUGGUCGUCUACAUGAUUGUGUGUGUGAUCGGUUUGGUGGGGAACUUCCUGGUCAUGUACGUCAUCAUCAGGUACACCAAAAUGAAGACAGCCACCAACAUCUACAUCUUUAACCUGGCGUUGGCUGACUCAUUGUUUUUGGCCACAUUGCCUUUCCAGGGCACUGAUGUAUUCCUGGGCUUCUGGCCAUUUGGGAAUGCUCUGUGCAAGGCAGUGGUUUCUAUCGACUACUACAACAUGUUCACCAGCACAUUCACCCUGACAGUGAUGAGUAUAGACAGGUACGUGGCCGUCUGUCACCCUGUCAAGGCGCUGGAUAUGAGGACACCUCACAAGGCAAAGGUGGUGAAUAUCUGCGUCUGGGUGCUGGCGUCGGCCUUCGGUGUUCCAGCGAUGGUGCUGGGAAACGUGGAAGAGGAGCAGGAGCAUAACAGUGUGGAGUGCAUUGUGGUUUUGCCGGAACCGAGGAGCCACUGGGACCCUGUGUUUGGGGUCUGUGUCUUCCUCUUCUCCUUCCUCAUCCCUGUGGCGAUCAUCAGCAUCUGCUACAGCUUGAUGGUGAAGCGCUUGCGAAGUGUCCGCAUCCUGUCGGGCUCCAAGGAGAAAGACCGCAACCUUCGUCGAAUCACCCGGAUGGUUCUCGUGGUGGUGGCGGUGUUUGUCGUGUGCUGGACGCCGAUUCAGAUCAUGGUCUUGGCUCAGUCCCUGGGCUUCAACCUGAGCAGCUUGUUCACCUUGGUCCUGAUGCACUUCUGCAUCGCACUCGGCUACGUCAACAGCAGUUUGAAUCCCGUGCUCUACGCUUUCCUGGAUGAGAAUUUCAAGCGCUGCUUCCGUGAGUUCUGUAACCCAUCGCCGUUCCGCCUCGACACCCAGCAGUCCGGCAGAAUGAGGAGCAUCGCCAGGGAGGUGGCUGCCGCCUAUAGCUACAAAGCUGGAGAUGGCGGGGGACAUGGAGGAGGGACGCCUAAUCCCGCAUGACUAGGCGUGGAGCUCCCCUUGGUUGGGAUGGACCCCAACCAUAGAGGGGAGAACCAAGGGACCGGGAACUCCAACACAGAGUUGACUCAGAUUACAGCCCUCUAGCGGCACGAGCCCCCCCGCCCUCCGACUAGAAGACUUGCCUGGGGUGGGGGGGAGAUAGACGAAGACGAUGAGGCAAAUGGGAAGAGAAUUUAGGAAUAGAUUUGUUGAAUUAGAGCAAGACACGUUCAGCAUUUAUGUCGACAAAUAACACCUAAAAAUGGAAGGAGUGUAAGGUGAGAUUUGGAUCACCUUGAUGGAAGACACAUGGGGUUAAGAUGGACAGAAGAUCUGCAGAGACUUUGGCCUUGUACAAACACUGACUUUGUUGAUGUUGCAAAAGAACCAUUCGUAUUAUUCUGAGAAGGUGUCCAGUGCCGUGAGGACGCUGCAUUCUGGGUCGAGAUGAUCGCUCAAUCAUCGUGUGAAAAGAAUCAGGAGUGGACCACAAAUGAAAAAAACACCUUUCAUGACAUCACACUGUAAAUACGCUCAUCAUGUAUAUAAACAAAAUCGAUCACUGAAGAGGCCACAUGAAUGUUACUCCUAACAUCAUCUACACGGUGGUUGUGUUACUGAUCUGAAAUGAAGCAUGAAAGAAGGCUGAGGAAUCAGGAUGGGUGACUGUCUGGGAAAAAAAGAAAAUCAAAAUCAUAAAUAUGAACUGCUUCAUUAGUGGAAUCAAAACAAUAUUUUGAUAUUCUAACAUCACUAAUGGAGGACGGAAAAGUAGGACAGGCUGUCUGGUUAUGAUCCACAAGAUAUUUUAAGGGACAAUUAAUGGUGUUUUUCUUUCAAAAAAUAUGAAGGAAAAAGGCUUCCUGUACAAGCUGAUGACUGUUGAAGAACAGAACAGAACCGGGUCAGACCCGCUGAAUUUCCAGCAAACAUGACCCACAUAGGAAUGCAUUUGCGAAGGUGUGUGUGCGAGAAUCAGCAGCGCUUGUUAUAUAAAUCCUGAUGAAUAGAGUCUAAUUGCAGCGGUCAGUGUCCAAACAAGGUGUUUACACUCUUUGUAAAAAUACUGUUUUUAAACAGGUUGUUUAUUGACGUUGAAUCGGAUUCGAUUUGGCGUCUCCUGCGUUAUCAGCUGGGUGAAGGGUUUAAAAGUGGAGUGGGUUUUGUUUCCAGCACCACAGUGGUGACGCAGGAGAUGGGAGUCAAGGUGGUCUGACUCAAACUCCAAAGGGACAAAGGGGCUCUCUCUUCUUCUUAGUGUCUUCAAGUGGAAAUGAACCCUGACGCAGAAAUCACAUGUGCGAGCUUCAUGGUCCUGGACUGCUGCCACAGCAGAGACGUGUUUUGUGUGUUCAGGAACUGGCUCUCAAUGCUCUUCAGAAACAUCUUCGCACCAAUGCUGAAGACUGAAAAUUAGUCAAAUCUUGUCCAUAGUUUGGCACUUUUCUGUUACAUUACACCACAUAAAAAUGACCACAUGUAGUUGUUCACAUUUCUCCCCACAACUUUACAAUGAGCAGGAUUAGUAGUAAUCAUCUCCUGUUGUGUUGCAACUCAUAUUUCAAUUUUAUAACCAUCACAAAACUCUGAGGGCCACCAGAUUUGAUCACGUUUGUGCCUUUUUCAAUGGUCAGUAAGGACUCAGUGAAUGUUCCAUGAAGUCUCCUGCUGCAUUUAAUGAACUCUGAGCCGAAAUCUCACCUGUUAAUUAUGAACUAAAUAAAAGUCCCGUCCAGGUCUAAACAAAAAGUAAACAAACAAACAUGUCACUUCUAGCUUAAGGGUUUGUGUCCACUUUAAUUUUAUAUGAAAUAUAAAUAUAUAAUAUUUGAUUAUAUAUUUAUAUUAAUAUGAAAUAUUUUGUUUUCAUUUCUUUCUCAUUAGUUGUUCAAAUUGAAUUUUAAUCUGCCAUCAUUGGGAAAAUGUGUUCAUUUACAAUAUCCAUGUGUUUAAUUUUGUCCAGGUGAGACGUAAUGUGAACUUGCAUUGCCUUAAACAUGAAAUGAAAUGUGCUACUGAAGCUCAAACCUGUCCGUAGGUGUGCUUGACUUGUGCUCUUUGUUUACGUUGAGAAAACAUAAAGGAUCAGAGAUUCUUCUUCUUCUACUCCUGCUCUACUGCCAACUGCAGUCCAAUUGCGCUCGUAUAAAUUUGAAAAGAAGGCAGGUGAAAUUCAAGACAAUCCAAGUGCGUUAGUUUCAGUUAAACAUAUCAUUUUUGGACGUUCCACUGUGAUUACCUGUGCUUUCAAGGACAGUUAAUGGGUUGAUCUGCCACAAAGUAUUCAUGAGCUCAAAUAUUAUUUUGAAAUGACACUGUAUUUUUGCUUUUUCAGCACAAGAAAACACUGAUACCAAAAGACUGAACUCGUUCUAUUUAACACUGAGUGAGCAUUAUUAUGGUCUGUUUGCUCUGUACAGGCAUUCAGUGCGAGUAUCACUGUCGUAUAAACGUAUCCGAUAUUAUUUCACAUCUGACCUCGAUGUGUGUGUGUGUGUUACAUAUGAAAAUAUUGAAUGCUAUCACGUGUUUCUGAAAACAAGAAGGACUUAUUUGUUUACAUUUUACAGACCACUUGAAUGUCAAAGAAAAUCUUGUAGAAAACCCAAAACUCGGAAGAUACAUGCAUUGUUAGUUGUUGUUGGAACUAUAAAAGCUAACAGUGUUAUUCUUUUAUUUUGUACAGUGCCAGGUGUGUUGAUGUCCUUCUACAUGUGAACUGCAUUUCCCUCAGCUAUAGGAUUGUGAAACAAAACUGCUCUUUAAGUGAAACUGAAACGGCAUUGCUAAUAAUUUUUGCUAGAACCACCAUGUUUUUUUUAGUCAUCCGUUUUCUCCCGUUCAUUGUGACGCUAUCGACUCAUGAUUUACCUUCUGAGAACGCUUUUAGAUCGGCAGCUUCGGAAAAGAAAGUCUGUGCCGUCCCUUGGUGUCGCUUUUCUGCCUUUAAUUGUAGCCUGUUUUCGCCCUUACGUUGCUGGUUAAAUAGAACAAUAAAAUGUGUGGGAG